AUGUCAACAAAAAAUAACGAAGAAAAUCCAUCGAAACACAUGCUAUGUGAAACAAUGGACGAAGUUGUUAAUACAAUUGAAAAAACUAUUCAAACAUAUACUCAAAUUGCAAUUGAUGAAAAAACGAAACUUAUCACACAAAAGGAUAAAUUCGAGAGAUUACCAACAGUCGAAAAUGUGAUCGAUGCAAUUGAUCAUCGUAAACAAAAUAUGAUUCGACGUGCUCAAAAUCAUUUGCAACAUACAAUAAUGAUAAGAUUCCCAGAAAACUUAUAA